AUGGCUAAUGUCUCUAGGCUGCAGUGGUGGUGUAACAAGCUAAACUUUGAUGCUUAUGGCUCAAAUGUAGAGACUGGUGGAAAACUUUGGUUCAUGUGGAAGAAUGAAGUAAGUUUGACAGUCUAUUUAGAGAGGAGACAUUUGUGGAGUGCAUUAGAUGGUUCAAAUUCUUCAGGCUUACCGUGGAUUGUUAUGGGUAAUUUCAAUGUCAUUCGGCAUGAUGGGGAAAGAAGGGGUGGGAGUCCACGCUUGGCUAGUGCUAUGGAAGAAUUCACCUCAUGUAUUGAUACAUGUGGUCUUCUUGAGAUGCAGUUUUCUGGUAAUUCCUUCUCUUGGUGUAAUGGGCAUCAGUCUAGUGCUCGGAGUUGGGUUCGAUUAGAUCAGACGUUGUUAAAUGUUGGUGCUUUGGAAGCAUUUCCGGAUAUUUGUUUCAGAUACCUCCCACGUACAACAUCUGAUCAUGCUCUAAUGCUUAUAAAUCUAGAGAUGAUUGCUGCUCCUUAUGGUACUUAUCCCUCCUUCAAAUUUCAGCAAAUGUGGACGUUGCAUGAUAAUUUUAUGGAGACGGUAGCUCGUGUUUGGGAGGAAGAGGAUUCUGGUUAUGGCCUUUUCAGGUUGGCUAGUAAACUCAAACGUCUGAGAGCUGUCUUGAAGAUCUGGAAUAAACGGAUUUUUGGUCGAACGCAAAUGCAUAUUGGUGAGUUGGAGGAGCGUAUUCAAACCUUAGAAACUAGGUUGCAAGAUGGGUUUUCUGUGGAUCUAGAAUCUGAUUUGUUGGCAUCUCAACUAGAGCUUUCGGUUUGGAUGGAAAGAGAAGAAACUCAUUUGGCUCAACAGGCGAAACAGAAUUGGCUGGAGAAGGGAGAGGCUAGCAUUGGGUUUUUCCGUGCUGUUACAAAAAAAAAACCGUCAUAA